UCAAAGCUUACCCAGGGCAGCGCAUGCUGAUGCGUACCGCUCGAAAGCAACGUGUGGGUUACCUGCAGAGACACAGAGCGACCACAGUGACAACCUUGCAUUUAUGACAUGCAUGAUUUCCACCCGCUGACCUCCAUUGCAGUGCUUGGUGAUACACCUCACGAGAUCUUGAGGCGAGAAUGUAAGGCGAUGUGAUCCGUCAGCUUGCUGCCUAAGCAUCGUCUGUUUGCUUUUCUUGCCAGCCGCGAGCUGCUGCAACUCAAGCACACAGACGCGGUUUGCGAAGACAGAUGCUGCGGUAAAAGCCCAACACACGCCGCAUUCCCCCUGAUUCUGUGGGAGCUGAUUUGGUCGAGCCUUGAAGCACGCGUGCCACGGGUGGUCUGCCUUCAGUGGAUUCCAUUCUUUCGGAACCUUGUCAUUGAAGCCCACUCUCUCAAUCGAAUAGUCAACGACAAAAAAUUCUGUCGUAUUGGUGGAUCCCAGCGUAGAUAAAAAGGACUGCUUUUGGGGCCCUGUGUCUCCUGAUUUUCCGUACAGAAGCUGGUCGUAGUGUUUGUGUGCAUCGAAGGCAGAGUCGCUCCAGAGAUGGCUGCACAGCUCGAUUGUAUCGGGCAAUGUCUCCUGACAGUAGAACUCUUCGUCACACUUAGCGGUGCCUCGGCACUUGAAAGCAGCAGUGCUCCCUCGAGCUUUGCAUAUGAUACCCUCUUGCUGCCUCUGCGAGCAUCGGAAGUCCCAUUGUGCGAUAGGUGCUGACUUAUCAUCAGACGGUAGAAGCGCAUAUACACGCUGAAAAGAGCCUGUCCCUCCUCCACAUCCUUUGCCCCUGUGAGACAGCUGGAGGUCGAGCUGCACUUCUGUCCCCUCCGGCACUGCUCGAACCAAAGCACCGAGAACAUUCUGCUCACUGAUGCUGAUCCGUUUUCCAGGGCACUCCUUUGUGACUCGCUCGAAAUAGCCGUUGACCGCCCUGAGUGCGUCGGCGACAAGCGCUUCCCUGCGGGGCAGAGGAAUGGGCGCAUCUUCCCUCUCGAGGUGGAUGCUCUCCGCCGGUGGGAAAACGUCGUCAAGCAGGCAUAAAAUCCCCGUUCGAUUUCCACGAUAUUGGCAUCAUUCUUCUCGGUCAUUUUCUUCUCGAUGAACGCCAUGACGAUGUCGUCAUGGGUCUUGCGGUUGAGUGAUUCGUCCUCAGCUGCCGCGACACUGCGCUCCGAGGGCCGAAGAAGCACGUACAGCUCCCCUCCCGUCGACUCAAUUGCCAGAGUGCCCUCGUCCGUCUCACGUAUUGUCUCAGUGACUUUUUGUCUUGAAGAGGGGCAGUAGAUGACGUGCAGAAAGUCCACGUCCUCCGCGUCGACGGGGCCCAGCAGACUGCCCUCAGCCGUUCUCUUCAAGUUGAUCAGAGAGAGCGCGUGGAAGAAUGCCUCUCGGACGCCCCUCUCUUUGCCUUUCUCCCACAGCGACUGGGGAGUAUCACCUCGAGUAUCACUGCCCUCGUUUGGAAACCAUACUUGCACGUCGUCGGCCUUGCAUUUGAGGUCGACUCCUGUAAGUCGUUCGAGAUGGGCCAGCAACUCAAAGGCGUUUGGUAACGGCUGCUCUGGCUGCUGAGUGCCGAUUGCUUGUGAAGAAAGCAGAAGGCCUGCGAAGAGGGCCAGCAUCAU